AGAACCACAAUUGGGCGCCAUCGAAUUUUAGAGUUUAGCGCCCUAAAAGAAAAGUAGCCGCGGAUUUUCCUCUCGCUCUGCCUCUCUGGAAUCUGGAUCUCACAUUCUCACCCUUUCUCAGUCUAGACGGCGCGAUAAGUUUGAAAAGUUUGGCUGCCAAUCCAUAAUCCAUUGCUUAGCUUCUUUAAGGAUAUGAAUACAUCAAACCCUGCGGUCUUUGUCAAUGGGGGACUCCUGAGCAUGUAUGUGGGACGAAGGGUACGGACAGUGAUUCAAGUUCUGCGAUCUGAACGUGGAGUUGUAGUUGGAAAAUCCACAGAUAACAUGGAACUAGUUGUUAAAGGCUCCCCUCCCUCUGUUCCUCUUUCAACCUUUGUUGAAGUCAUUGGAAUUGCUGAUGGUGAGAAGUCCAUCCGGGCUGACAUUUGGACCAAUUUUGGGGACACAUUUGACGUUAAUAGCUACAAUCAGCUCUGCCAACUUGCAAACGGGGAGUUUAAGCACUUGUUCAUCUGAGGUAGAGGCAGCUAUCUUUUGAUGCAUUGAAAGGUGCUUCCUACCUUUUGGCUAUGUAAGUAGAUGGUAUAUUUUGAUAAACUGGUCAUUGCUCUAAUCUGUUGAAGCCGUCCUGAAUUGGCCGAACCUAUGUUUUGAGCUUUCAGUCAACUGCUAGUUAGUUGAAGUAGUAUUUGUGACUCAUAUUUGGCUCUUUGAUUAUUGUGUAGCUGUUUUAUCUUUGGUUCCUUGAUUUCUAGAACAGAACACUCGUCCUCCUUUCUCUCA